CUCUUUCUUUCUUAUUUCUUUCCACACCACAUCUCUUUCAUCACUGAUUAUCUACGUAUAAGAAACACGCACUUCUUCCAUUUGAAAAUAAAAAAGAAAACCAGCUGCUGCAAUGGACAUGAAAAAACAGCCAGCAGAGCUAUCAUCAGCACCAUCACCGCCGCCGGUCUUGCACUAUAACCCGCCCUCCAAUGAUUCGCACACAAAACGAUGGGCCUGGGUCGGCCGUUUCAUCCUGUCCCUGGCUGCGCUUGCCUUUGUCAUGCAUUGCACCUCGUCCACUCGCUUGUCCCAGCUGUGGAAAUCACACAACAGUCCCAAGGAACACCUGGUUCUACACACCGGCUUCCCAGCCAUCGGCACGAACAUGAACGGCCAACCGAUUCUUCCCAAACAAGGUGCCGCCAUUGCGUUUUCUCCAGGCGCCAGUGCUGUCAGUGCCCAGAAAGAAAGCUGGUGGGAUCGGUUGUUCCCUUGGCGCCACGUCCAUCUCAAGUCGGUCCAACUCGCUGUCCAUUCAUCAUCAUCAUCAUCAACAACAACGUCAGACCUCAAGGCCCGAUUGGCAGUAUGCACGUCAACCCAUGACUCACUGUGGCAAAACAUCCCCGAUGCAUCCCAGUGUGUUGCAUCCACUUCAUCGUUGUCUGUGUUGGACCCCAUGGACGAUCCAGGUGUGUUGGAAUGGCAUCCUUCCGAAGAACAAGAAGAUGCCAUCGUGCUGCGCAAAAAGAAUGUCUACUGGCUCAUUGUUCAGACGGAGCAAGACGAGUUCGAUUGGGUCUAUGCAUUGCCGUCGGAUGACUCCCUUGGCGACAAUCGCGUGGCCUAUGAAACACAGAAUGGUUGGAAGUUGCAGCAGGACGAGCUUGUUCCAAGUGUAAUGAUCACCGUGACUGAUCAUUAAUAGGAAGAACGAUACCCCGUCACCCCACCUCUUCUCCACCUUUUUGCUUUUCUGACUCGUCGCUUCAUCCACUACUGACGGAUGGUGCAACUCUAGUAUAGCACAUACACCAUUUUUUUGUACCUUUUUCUCGUGCUCAUAUAUAUUAUAUAAAUUGAUUUCUUUUUUGACUCGCUUGUAUCAUCUAUAUGGCCUGCAUAUGGAAGACUACGAAGUUUCUGUUUACUAUGGCGUGUAUAGGCAAACACCGUUUCCCAUGCCAGCUGUUAAUCUUUGUUUAUGCAGGUCGUCAUGGCGAAGACGAAUUUAGCCCGAGAAGACUUGAUCGUUACACAAUCCAUCAACGCCUCGGAAGUUCAGUUCCGAUUUAGCUAGGUUUUGGCAUCGUUUUUAUUUCGCUUAAACUGACAUCUAUGAAUGUCAAGAAUAAAGAACCAACUUUUUUGAAGCAGUAAAGAAAGG